AUGGAAAAUGCAGAAAUUAACUCAUUAAUUAAGAUUCUUGGGCUGCAGUACAAACUGAAAUAUGAAACUCCAGAUACACUUAGAGAAUUACGCUACGGAAAGAUUAUGAUCAUGACUGAUCAGGAUCAAGAUGGCUCGCAUAUCAAAGGCUUAAUCAUCAAUUUCGUUCAUUGUAACUGGCCGAAUUUGCUAAAACACAAUGUAGUAGAAGAGUUUAUUACUCCAAUUGUGAAGGUGUUUAAAGGAAAACAAGAAUACGCUUUCUACAGUUUACCGGAGUUUGAGGAAUGGCAAAAAUCAACUGCAAACUGGCAUACCUGGCGUGUAAAAUACUACAAAGGUUUGGGUACUUCAACAAGCAAAGAAGCUAAGGAGUACUUUUCUGACAUGAAUCGUCAUAGAAUUCGAUUUCGUUACAGCGGAAACGAGGAUGAUGGAAGUAUUCAGUUGGCUUUUGAUAAAAGUAAAAUCGCUGAUCGUAAAAAUUGGUUGACCAACUUCACAGAAGAACGUAAACGUCGGCGUGAGUUUGGUCUUCCUGAGCCGUAUCUGUAUGGGAAAGAUACUCGAGCUAUUACUUACCAUGAUUUUGUUCACAAGGAGUUGGUAUUAUUCUCUAAUUUGGACAAUGAACGGAGCAUUCCAUCUGUUGUAGAUGGGUUGAAACCUGGGCAACGAAAAGUACUGUAUACUUGUUUGAAACGAAAUCUUGUGAAAGAAAUUAAAGUUGCUCAACUUGCUGGUUCUGUUGCUGAGCUUUCGGCCUACCACCACGGAGAACAAUCCCUCAUGAGUACCAUCAUUGGUUUGGCCCAAAACUUUGUCGGAUCCAAUAAUUUAAACGUGAUUCAACCGAUCGGUCAGUUUGGUACAAGACUCAGUGGUGGUAAAGAUGCCGCAUCUCCUCGUUAUAUCUUCACUUCACUGAAUCCACUCACACGACUGAUCUUUCAUUUGGAUGAUGAUCCUCUUUUAAAUUAUUUAUACGAUGAUAAUCAGCGUAUUGAACCAGAAUGGUAUGCUCCUAUAAUUCCCAUGGUACUUGUUAAUGGAGCGGAUGGUAUUGGAACUGGUUAUGCAACGCACAUUCUCAACUACAAUGUGUUGGAGAUAGUUAGUAAUCUGUAUCUCAUGUUGGAUGGUGAGGAACCACAGCGUAUGCUACCCAACUUCCGUGGUUUUACUGGUACCAUUGAGGAUCUGGGAAGUAAUCGUUAUGUGUGCUAUGGAGAAAUCGCUGUCUUGGAUGACGAUACCGUGGAAAUCACUGAACUGCCUAUCAGAACUUGGACACAGAAUUACAAGGAGAGCGUUCUAGAGCCAAUGCUGAAUGGAUCAGAAAAAGUUCCUGCAUGUAUCACAGACUAUAAGGAAUACCAUACAGAUGUUACUGUCCGAUUCGUUGUUAAAAUGUCACCAGAAAAGCUGCGUGAAGCAGAAGCCAGUGGACUUCAUAAAUUCUUCAAACUUCAAACAGUUAUGAGUACUAGUUCGAUGGUAUGCUUCGAUCCAUUGGGAUGUUUGAAGUGCUAUCCCAAUGAGAUGGCCAUCAUGCGCGAAUUCUUCGAAUUACGUCUUACUUGGUAUGAGAAACGUAAGUCCUACUUGGAAGGUGUGUUGUCUUCUGAGGCUUUGAAACUGGAAAACCAGGCUAGAUUUGUCCUUGAAAAGAUCCAGUCCAUAAUGGUAAUAGAAAAUAAACCAAAGAAGGAAUUGAUCCGUAUACUGAAAGAAGCCAAUUACGAUUCAGAUCCGGUCAAGGCCUGGAAAGCAAGCAUAGACAAAGCUGCUGCUUUGCAUGACGAAGCUGAAGAAUCCGGUCCUCAGAUUGAACCAGUUGAAUCAGGUCAACCUGACUACAAUUACAUCUUAAAUAUGCCUUUAUGGAGUUUGACAAAAGAACGUAAAGAUGAUUUACUCGCUCAAAGAGAUUCUAAGCAAAAUGAUUUGCGUGUUUUGAGGGGCAAAUCUCCUUCGGAUUUGUGGCGUGAAGAUCUUGCGAAAUUGCAGGAGGAAUACAAGAAAGCUGAAGUAGAAUUAGCUGCUGAUGAACGUGCUGCAAUUGAAGCAGUGGAGAAAAAGUUGAAAGUGGCAUCUACAACGGCAGCUGGACGUGUUGAAGCUACAAAGUCCCGUAAGUUGGCUCAAGAAACAAGACCAGAUCCAAUGGGCAGGCGAAUAGUUCCGACAGUAGAUGCAGACCUAAUGAAGAAAGUGGAGGGAAAUAAGAAGAAACGAACUAAGGCGGACAAUAUUUUAAAUGAAGGUAACGAAAUGGACAAUUUUGAGGGCAUUGAUAUCAAUGAAGAACCCGAACUUCUUCAACGCAUUGGUAUGUCCGAAAAAACAGAUUCACAAAAGGCGUCUACCGUACGUGGGCGUGGACGUGGUAAAGGCAGAGCUACUACGACGAGUCGCACGAUGCCUCCAAAAGCAUCUAAUGCAGAUAAUGGUGAGACGAAACGUAAAUGUGUUGGUGGCAAGCGUCAACGUGGUAAUCGCAUGCCAUGGGAAUCUGACACUGACAGUGAGGCCUCAGCAAGUCAAGCUUCUGUCGUUAGUGACGUUGAUGUCUUAUCUAACUCCGAUGCACUUCCUUUAAAUCGUGCACGGCGUGAGAGAGCUAAUGCAAAAUAUGUUUUUGACGACGAUAGUAGUGAGGAAAAUAAUUCGGAAGAAAAUUUUAAAGUCGUUGAUCAUGGACAAGGCGAUAAAGAGAUUGAAAUUCCCAUAGUUUCAAACUCUCCAGGAACCAAGGUGGUAGCCCCAUCAGGUGGUGGUAAGAGUGGAUCUCCAAAAACUGCUUCUGGAUUAUCCCGUGGAGCUUCUGCUAUUGCAUCAGGUGUUAGAGGUCGUGGUGGUAAACGUCGUCAGAUCUCAGCUCCAUCUACUUCACAACCUACUAUUCAGUCAAUGUUUGCUGCUGUUAAGACGAAAACGAAGAAAAACGCUUUAAAAGAGGACACAGAUGAGGACUCGGACAACCUUAAAGCAGCAACUCAAAAAGAGUCCCGAACAAAACCCAGGCGCGCAGUGACAGACCGUAUUCAGUAUGUUUUUGAUGAUGAUGAAGACGAGGAUGAAGACACCAGUUCAGAUAAUAGUGAUACGAAGCAGAGAUCAAAAGGUGGACCACGCAGGCGACAUCUUGAUGAUGAUAGUGAUUUUGAACCAGAAAAGAAUACUAAGAAAAAACCCAAGAAGGCGGUUUCGGAUGACUCCUCAUUUGAGUUCUCCAAUUGA